AUGGACAAUUUCAGAUCCAAAUCGUACAGCAACGGAAGAUCAACGCCGGCGGAGAAUACUUCCAACUAUUACAGCACCCGUUUCAGUGAUUACGAGGCGGCGCCGCCGCCCCACUACGCAGCCAAUCCAAAUCCGAGUGGGAUGCAAGAUCUGAGGUGCUACAGCGCCUCGUACGCUUCAUCUUCUUCUUCCGCCGCCGCCGCCGCCCAAAACAAUGGGCAGAUGGAUAUAGUGGUGGCGGACGGCGGCGGCGGAGAUCAGUGGAAGUUCAAGAAAGGGAAGUCGACAAAUGGGGUGGGUUCUAAAAAUUGGAGCUUUAGUGAUCCAGAGCUGCUGAGGAAGAAGAGGGUAGCUAGCUACAAAGCUUACACAGUUGAAGGAAAAAUGAAGGGCUCGAUCAAGAAAAGUUUCAGGUGGCUCAAAGAGAGGUACACUUUGAUGGUUUAUGGACAUAGGUGA